UUCCCGCGAAUCGGAAUCUUUUUAUUUUUUUUGAAUUAAAAUACUGUAAUUGGUGCCGUAUCUACCGUAUCUUUUUUAUGAACUCUUACAUAUUAUUAAUGGCUAAACAACUAGCAGAAGUUGAAAUUCACGCGGCCGAGACUGCCGAUGAUGAUGAGAAUUUGGACAUCAGUGUUGAUCUUAUAGACGACGGACUUUAUUUAGGUAACCUAGCAUGUGCGAGAGACCACAAAACGCUAGAACGUCUCAAUGUGACACAUGUGCUGACAAUCGACCUGGUACCACUACCAAGAACAGUCUUAGAUUGCAGUAAACUUAUCUUUAAAUUCGUCAAAUUGGCUGAUAUACCGAAAGAAGAUUUAAUUAGUCAACUGCCAGAUUGCAAUGAGUUCAUCAAGCAAGCUAUUGCUGGUGGAGGCACUGUGCUGGUCCAUUGCUACUUUGGUGUAUCAAGAUCAGCGGCAGUAGUAAUUGCGUAUAUAAUGGAAAAGUAUGGGCUUUGUUACGAAGAAGCAUUCGUUCUUGUGAAGAGUAAGAGACGGUUUAUUGGUCCAAAUGUGGGCUUUGUGGCCCAACUCAAGCUGUUUGGACAUAUGGGGUACUUGAUAAAUAGAGAGGACCCUAGGUACAAGCAGUUUAGGUUGAAAAUGGCUGGGCAGAAGUUGAAACAAGUGAAAAUCCUGCCGCAACUAUUCGCAGACUUAAUAAAACCAGAUCCUGGUUUGAUUAGAGAGCGACCAGACCCAAUAGUAUACCGCUGUAAGAAGUGCCGUCGCAUCGUCGCCAGUCAGAGUAACAUAAUACCCCACAUUCCUAAGCAAGUGAAGAUCGAACUAGCCAAGAAAGGCAUCAGGCCUCCGCCCAGUAAGCUAACGGGGUUGACUUGUGCAGAGAAUGGUCAGUUGUUAAUUGAUAAGCUAAAGAGCUUGGCCUGCCAGAUCAUGGAUGGGGAUGAGUGUGGUGUGACGGUGCAGGAUGGUGAGGAGGGAUCUAGUCAGGUACUCGACGGCUACCAUGAAACAAACCUAGUAGAAUCAAGCAUAGCGGCCCGGGCAGAUCUGCCCACAGUGUGCCGUCUCAUGUGGUUCGUGGAGCCGAUGCGGUGGAUGGAGGACGUGGGGCAGGCGCCGCAGGGCAGGCUCAACUGCCCCAAGUGUCGCACCAAGCUGGGCAGCUUCAGCUGGCUUAUGGGUUGCAAAUGCCCAUGCGGUCAAAAGGUGGCCCCAGCAUUCUACCUGGUGCCUUCCAAAGUGGAGUGGUCGAACAUCGUACAGAAUGUACAAGUUACUGUUUAGAACAGAUUUUAACUUUAUAUACAAAAAUUGUAUAUUGGAUUGACUUGAAAAUGUGGUAUUUGCAAUGAAAACAAUAUGAUAGUUGUUGUAAAGAUGUAUUUUAGUCCACGAGAACGUUCGUGGCACGCGGAGUUGUAAAACGCGUGUGACGUCACUCAUUAGGGUUGCGCGUGCCAUUGAUAUGAAUUAUUAAGUCAUCAAAAACAGCUUGUUGUGUACUUGUUUAGCAAUAGCUUAAGUCUGGGAUUUUAGGGAGUACUUGAUUCUUCUGGCAAUCGAAUGACAGUGGGCCUUAGACAAACGUACGUAACGCCAUGGAAUAGAAACUGCUAACGCUAAUUAUUGACAUAAG